AUGCAAUCGCGCCGGCAAUCCGCGAACGAGGAUCCAAACUUUUUAACAACAACCGGAACAGAAUUGCCAACUUUAUCAAUACCCAGAAUACCUGAGAACAACUCAAGAAGGAAUAGCAGAAGAGGAAGUAUUGGUCCAUCUACAGCACGUACAUCGGCGAAUUCACUUGCACAGCAGAACACUCCGAAUACCCAGGCAACGAACGAUAGUCCACAACUGCAACGACCUCCACCAACAAUAUGGCGACCAAGUAUUCGGAUUAGGCGAUUAUCAUCAACAAACAAUCUUCGUGGUGGAAAUUCGCAGAGCAAUCUACCUUAUGAUUAUACAUCGCGGAGGGAUUGGCAGAUCAAUAAUAGUUCGACUCCGCAUAUUGACAACAAUCUACCUUCCGCCAGCAAUACCAUUGAUAUAUCAAACAGGCGUCGGAGUAGUUCUGAACCACAACGUCCAGCAUGGUUAAGUACUCAAUCAGCUACGAAUGCUGGUCCACCACGAGUGAGGGCAGGCUCAUAUAUCCCGAAUAUCAUUGAAGAGGCACCUGCCACAAGACAGGAGGGUCCGAUUUUCAACCCAAUCCGUCCAGGUGAAAAUAGAACGGUCAAUGAGACUCCUGGUCCUUUAGUACAUUCUCAUACAGUCAGUGAGGCAGUACCAACUACUCAUAGCGAAUACGACACUGAUCUUGUUGAUUUCCUUGAUCUUGUUGAUCCCGAAAUCUCUACCUUGACCAGUCUUACCAAUAUUCAAAACUCUUUAUUCAUCCCAUCACUUGGCAACUUAUUUAAUCGUAAUCCAACAUAUAAUCUUUCCCGAAAUGACCUUGCCCAUGGUCCAACAAAUGAUCUUUCUCGUCGUCCAACAAAUUUGGCUGAACGCCCAAUAGUUGAAGAGCCGGAGCCAAAUAACGAAUCAAGGCAAACACUCCCUCGACCAGAAAGGCCUCGACUUCAGAGUAGAGAUACUGGAGCUUUUACUCUCACUGAAUCCAUAUCGCAUCCAGAUGAGGAAACUCCGCAUUAUGCAGUAGUUCCGGAAGGCAUCAAUUUGGAUGGAUGGUCACCAGAGGAUAAAAAAGAACUCAAUGAUCAUGUACGACAUUUGUUACAUUCAAGGAGGGAAGGAUUUAAGCGAGCAAUGAAGGGAUUUGGACAAUAUGUUAGACAGCCUCUUGGAUUUUUCGUUACCAUAUAUGCAACUCUUAUUACUUUAUUUGGAUUAGCAUGGGUUCUUUUCUUAAUUGGUUGGGUUAAUCUUGGAAGUAAACGUCUUUACGUGAUAAACGUUAUUGACAAUGUUCUUGUCGCCCUUUUUGCUAUCAUGGGUGAUGGACUUGCUCCAUUUCGAGCUAUUGACACUUACCACAUGAUAUACAUAGCUCAUUAUCAUCAUUUAACCUGGCGACUUCGAAAAGAAAAGGCCUUACCAAAAUUAGAAGAUCAUAAUGACCUACCAGCCAUAUUACCCGAAGAUCUAGAAGAUCAAAUUGUCGAAGAUGAAGUAUCAGUCCUCAACCCAGCUCAACAAAAAAAACUUCAACAUCAUCAAAAGAAAUUCAAUCGAUCUCAUACAUUUUAUAAACCUCACGAAACUGCAACACAUCACGCAUUCCCUCUUCGAUUACUUGUCGCUGUUGUCGUUCUUUUGGAUUGUCAUUCCCUUCUUCAAAUAGCUCUUGGUACAUGUACUUGGGCAAUCAGUUAUAAGACCCGACCAUUUGCAUUAACAACGGUGAUUCUAUGCUGUAGUAUUACAGUGAAUAUUACAGCUGGUGUACUUAUCAGUGUUGGAGAUCAUAGAACUAGGAAGAAGGAUGUUUUGGAGAAGAUGUUUAAGCAGGAUUUGACAAAGGAAGCUAUACAUAAGAUGGAGAAGAAGAAGGAAAAGGAGAAGGAAAGAAAUGAAGAGUUGGAGGCGGAGAAUAAUUCAGAGGUGAACAUUUUAAGGGACAACAGAAAAUCCAUCGAUGUUCAGGAGCCAGGAAUUGAGAAUGAGGAUAGAAACGGACAGUGA